AUGGAUAUUCAUGUUCUUCAAAGCCAGCCCGCCCAGAAGGUCGCGUUUAAAGACUCUUCCACGGUUCGUGUGGAUUUGGUCCGCGGUGGGUUCCAGCCGCGCCUUCCGACUUCGCUGCCGCCCCCAGGGCAGCAGCAGCAGCCGUCGCCGCUACCACGCCGACAGCCCGUCCCGUUGAUGCCUCCCGCGCAGCUUCAUCCGGGAGCGCCCCAGGUGGUCGCUCCGGCGCCUGCGGUCCCUCUUCAGUCGCCACCGCCUUCGGAGCUGAUGGACGUCGACCCCUCAGCCGGGCCGCCUUCCCAAGCGGUGGCUGUGCAGCCUGUCCUGCAGCCGCUUUCCUUGGGCACCCCCAAGGAGUCUGACACCGCAGCGCCUUGUUCGGCGCCCACUCAGCAGCCGUCGACGCAGCGUCAGGAGACGCUGCCUCUCUUCGUGGGUCCCGACGCCCCGUCGCGUCCAGUACCAGAAGCUGCGCCCGUGGUCACAGGUGCAAGAGGUUCAAGUGCUUUCAAGACAUCAGUGCAGAUGAAAAGGGAUGUAUUUUAG